ACGCUGCAUGCAUGUAGUUCAUCUUGAAUAAGAUUCAUCACCAUCGCAACACUAUGAAAUUACCAUCACAACACAUAGCGGUCCAGCACGAUCAUGACAUCACAUGAAAAAGGUCUAGACGUGUACUCAGGCCUAUACUGGGUAGUACUCCUGCCUUGAAAAUUGGUAGGGCAGCAAACCAUUCAGACGCGUGUUACGUAACGUCAAUCAAUUGGUGUCUUUUGCCUGGGCCUAGUUCUGUUCUACAUAUGUACGGUGAAACGGUUCAGUACAGAUACAUGUACAUGCAUCCUCUUAGCUGGGUGGUUCUGUUGUGAAUGAAGUACAGUACCAUGGAGGAAUGACAGUACAUUGUUUGCCUUCUUCGGACAAAUCAUUCCAAAGAAAAGACACUUUGUUGCAAUUUGUGUUGUUCUAAAAUCAGUAUGGAAGUCUCAUUUAUACGAUGUGCCAAGAGAUCCUGAAGCCUUGAUUCAUCGGCUCUGAACAAGAUGGCCCAAGAACAUGUGUAUAAAAUCUUAUUCUUCCUGCAGUCAGCAGCUUUCAUUGCCUUCGUCAUAAAUUAUUCACAGAAGUCUGAUGUUAUUUUAGCGCCAAUCAAGCAAUCAGCCCCUGCUUCAAGAGUACCUCACACUUGUAACUGUCUUGAAACAAAGAUAAGGACUGCCUUCGAUGCAGGGGCUGUUUGUAAAGAUGUCCUCGAGAAACGAGGACGAAUUUCGAACUGUACCCUAGCCGACAUCAACAAGAGACCCGGGGUGGUAUUGCUCACCACAACCAACCUCGCCUUCCUAGACGUGACACUGAACAUGUUAGAAAGCAUCAAGAGAACGGGUGUGUGCGUCAACACCACUGUCAUUGCCGAGGACAAAAAAGUCUUCGAACAGUUAUACAAGAGAACGGAGGGGGAUCCAGCGCUGACGGUGCUUUUGACCAACUCGGGAGAGAUGGACGUCAUUGAACAUCCGCGUAGUCACCGCAGUCAGUACUAUGGACUGAUGAAUAAACGUCAAGCUUAUAUCUUGGGUUUGCUGACAGAGGGCUAUGAGGUGCUGUUCUCAGACGCCGACACCUUUUGGUUCCGAGAUCCUUUUCCCUUUUUUGAUGGAGACUUUGACAUCUCUUUGAUAGACUCCGUCAACCCAUUUGGGGUUCGUUCGGGAAGAUCCAACUUCUGCGCCGGCUUUGUGUAUUUCAAACCGACCAACGUUACCCUUCAGUUCGUCAAGGCCUGGGUGGACCAAUUGGAAAAUAACAAGAAAAGGGGAAACUAUUCACCAGAUCAAAAUGUAAUGAACGCGCUUCUCAAAAAUGACAAGCCCGUGUAUGUGAAAAUUAAACCUCUGGACACGAACAUUUUCCCCUAUGGGCCUAAGUUUUAUGAUCUGCUGGCCAGGAAAGCUAAUUACUCCACUGUGGUGAUGCACGCCGCCAGCAUCCGCGGCCAUGAAGCCAAAGUGACAAAGUUCAAGAGUUCGAACAUGUGGUUGGUAAAUAAAACAACAAAUGAGAUGUUAGCAGAAAGCAAAUAAGUGUACUAUACGUAUGGGUGGUGUGUGACACUGUCUUGCACAAUACUUGAAUUUAGUAUAGCAAUGUACACCUUAGUUUCUUUGUAUUAAUUUUGCAUUGUGUCUUUUGAAAUAACGUAUUAAAGGUCCACAGUUAUCAAGAUGAGAAAACGAGUAUGAGUUUAAAGGACGGAGCAACAUUGCAGGAAUACACUUUGAUAAGCUUUUCUAGAGUGUGUAAAUAUGCUUUGACGUUUGGUGCUCCGCUGUUAAAGCAGUCUUUCAGCAGAAAAACUCAUAGUUUUGCUAUCUUAAUCUACAUACAUUUUAGCUGUAUACUCCCCACAUCUUCAUUUGUGGGGUGGUCUUUUCCUGUUUGAGGCGCAAAUGGGUCGAAGUGAUUACAGUACACUUUGAGCAAUAUUCAUUGAGGGGAAAUAUUGUUGGAAAAUAGGUAAAAUACUAAAACAUGUAUGGAAACAGUGUACUGGUUGAGUGUGCCGCCUGAAGAUACCUCUAGCUAGAAUACUUAUAUAGAGAAUUAAUAUUCAUGUAUUGAAUUGUCUGUUCACGGAGGAAAAUGCAGUUGUCAGUUAAGAAAUCGCUGUAAUUUACCCAUGGCAAAGCCUGCAGGUGAUGUAUUGUUUUUCCUUACCAAAUGUGAUCGGUCAUAGCCAGGUGAUUUAGCACUGCUGAGAAUUGAUAAGGCCAAAGAAGUAACGUGGCAAAAUGUGCCCCACUAUUGAGCGCGCGGACUGUUUGUGUGCAUGCACUAUUGGCCGGACAAAAGACUAAAUGGUCGGAAAAUGUCUGAUGGCCGAUAUCAAUAUCGUGCUCUGUGAGCAGAGAUUUCAAAAGAAUAGAUUGUGGCAAGCUCGGAUACCGCAUCGAAGAUCGCAACAUGCCAAGUGUUCCUGCGCCGCGUUGACUCCAUUUUGUUACGCUCUUUCUGAUUGAGUGUUCAAACACAAAUUUGAACAAAGGAUUCCUCGCGGGGUGAGCCAAGAUACUGUUUAAAUUGGACUUCGUGAAAUUUCUAAUCGCUGUUUUGCACGUAUUUUAUCAGUAUUCUCUGAGAAAAAAUGUUUUAUCAAUAUCGUCAAUUAGCAGAAAUUUCCUAAGUGUACACUUUUCUUGCCGAAUUAUCAUAGUUCACAUGACUGUAAUUUUUUGAUACUCUGUUUUGUAAACAAGAACUGUGAAAGGCCAAAUUUUGUCGUGUAGAAGGCUGAAUGUAAUCAUGCUUUGAAUAUGGUGCAAAAAUGUCUACGUGAGUUAAAGCCAUUUCAUACUUAGCGCAAACGCGAAUUUGUGACAAUCAGGUCAUGUUUUAGAGGAAAAUACAUCCCACCUGCAUCCUGGGUGUUAUAGUGCCCGCAGAUCUUAAAUGGGAUAUCCACGUUCUGAAUAUGAUAUCUCAGGCCAACAAAAAAAAAACUACAUCCUAAAAACACUGAAACAGUUUUGCUUACCUGUAAAUGAUUUGGUCUCCAUCUGCCUUAGCUACUUUAGGCCAUUGUUAGAAUAUGCCACACCAGUAUGGAAUAUUAGCCUCACGUUGAAACGGGUCAAAGCUCUGGAGAAUUUCCCAAAGUGGGUCUGUGAAACCAUCCUUAGCAUUUAAUACAGUGGUUAUGAUGAUGCACUUGUUUCUUAUAGCUUACCUUCAGUCAGAGGCGAAAUUAGUUGUGUAUUAAGUUUGGUCAAUCUCCACUAACCUCAAAACAUUUUAGUACUUGGAUUCCUCUGACUCGUCAUCAGUCACAUGGUCGUCAGUUGAGAAAUUCUACAGCUAUAGCAGUGCCUUUCUGUCGCGGAAGAAGGUAUCAGAACAGCUCUCUUGUAGGAUUGAUAAAUUUGCUUACUAUGUCUAACUAAACUCAUCAGCUCCAUGUCCAGCUUGCUCCGCUAACAAUAAAAUAGAUCUUCUUUUACUCGCAGUGGUUAAUAUUUUAA